AUAAAGGAGAGGUUUUGUGGUCCUACAUGAGUUCGGCUUCCAACUCUCCAUCUUCACCCUCGCCUAUUUGAAUACUGGUAACACUUCCCCAAUCCGACAACAUCCUCUCUUGAACGUCACAAUGUUUCCAUCUCUUUAUACUUGGUCAUCACUCGAGCGAGAUAUGGCAUCAGAUCUGUAUGACUACCAUGAAAGUCCAGAUUUGAAUAUCGUCUAUGAGCCUGGAAAGCCCUCGCUGAAAAAUGUGUCUCUACCUGCAAACAGUCCAGCAAGCGGCUCUCGGAUGAUCUCGACAGGCCUUCUUACACAUCAUGGUGAACCUUCGACAAGUUCAUCACCCCAUUCCAAAAGAUAUUCUUCUAGUGCCAGUGCUGAUGCACAAAAAAUUCGGAGUUCAGUACCUUUGAAGGGUAUUUUGAAGAAGUCACAACAAGGAGUGUCGUUAAGACCAUCAACUCCAGCACCUUCUGCUAAAGAUCAUGUUAAUACAGAAUCAGGGGCCACUCAAUCAACCCCCGAGGAACAUCGUUCCAAUCAUCGCCGUUCUGAGAGCAAAAGUUCAGAAGGCUCAAGCUCAAAACCUCAACACCAACAUAUGCAUGAACCACAAUUAAUCAAAGGAGCUUCUUCAGUAGCGAAGUUGAAUGAGAAAAUAUUGAAGUCUGGGGACAAUCACCGAAAACAUUAUCCCAUGCAUAUCAAGGUCCCAAUGAAACCUGAAGCAAUCGCACUGACCUGGCCUCUGAUGGAACCAAACACGACGUCACCUCGCAAGCAGAGAAGAGCGAAGAUCUGCUUUGAUGUCGCCUUUGAUCCAAGGAAAGAUAACAAUGUUGUGGUUUUAGAAGGGGCAUACCGAAUGGAUAGUAUACCCUAUCAAACCAUCAGACUGCCUGCAUCCACACACUGCACGCUGACCGAAAUGUGUAUAUUCUUGGACAUGGAAGAGUUUAAUCAUUGGCCAAUCAACGUGAUGCGUAAAGACGGCAUUCGCUGCUUGGACGUUCUUGAAGCUAUACACAAGAUGCUUCAACGCCCUCUAACGGAUGGGGAUGUGCGAACUUUUGGCUUAGCUGCUGCUCAGCGGGGUAUGCGACGCGUGGAUUUACUAGGAGGGCGAAGGUUCUUUCGUGGACUUUCGCAGUCCGGCGAGAACUGGACACUGCACAUGGGGUCAUCGUGGUAUUAGUUCUGUCUGGUUAUGAUCAUCUGGUUAUGAUUAGUUUUUAUAUUCCUUCCGUCCGAUGCCAUCGAACGUUCCCAAUAAGGAUGGCUAAAAACAGCUUUGACCAUCGCAACCUGGCAUCUACAGAUGCGCUCGACGAGCAAGAUAUAAACAGAUGUAAACAGAUAUAAACAUGACUGUGAGGCCACUGUGUGGACCUGGUGUGGACAGCUGUGAACACUGCAGGAGACUUCAAAGUUUCAGGGUGAAUGUUAACAAAUGUAUACUCCGUCGGUGUUCCAGUGGGUUUGUCAAUCGGAACUUUU